AUGUCAGAUGCUGGGACGAUGCAGACGAGACGGCUAGGAUAUGUUCCUUUGUCGGUUGACGAUCCAAACUACAAGAAAGAAGCUGCACGUGAAACUGAGAAAGAAUUUGCUGAAUGCUUCUGCUCAAACUGUAAGCCCGAAAGCAGUCAAUGGUUGAUUAACAACAUGAAGAGAGCCACGAUCAAAAACUUUGAUUCUUUUAUAUCGGACUUGCGUGAAGACAUACCAGAGUUGAAUCCAAUCAUAAGAUCCUGUAGUGUCCAAACCAACAAAGUUGUCUGGGUGGAGGAAUCCGGCAAAAAACCCUUGGAAGAAAGUCUUGAGAUGUUUUCAAAGGAUUUAGUCGGCUACUUCAACAGAUUAUUCGAGUCGGUGAUGAAAAACAUGGCAACUUAUCCACCUAACGCCUACUUCUGCAUCAAACAAGCUCGUCAAAUUUCAAAAAACAUUGGUCAACUUACCAUUGACAACAUCGAGGAAUUGAUUGGUGGUGAAAUGUUGCCUGGUCAAAUGUCAAUUUUAAUCAAGCACAUCGAACUCUUCCGAUCAGGUGAACUUUUCAAGUGUGUUGCACAGCAACAAGAAGAAGCCAAAACUCAAUUGAAUUUGCCAGCUGAACGUUUACGCCUAGCACGAGAGACCGAAGAGAACAAAAGGAUCGAAAAACAGAAAGCAAUUCAUGUAGCCGACGCAUUGAAGAGAGCCGAGACAGCUGAAAGAGUGGCUAAAAAUGCGGAACGUAAACGAGUUGCAAAGGAGGCAAAGUUUGUAGAAAGUGAAAAGAAACAAGCAAAGCGGGACAGUGACAUGGCUAUUCUUCAGGAACUCAAAGCUCAAGCACAGGCUGCAAGUGAAUUAUCUCGGUCUCAAGAUGCUGUCGGGCCGACCCCCUCUACCAGUGGAGCAGUCAAUGGAUCGAUUGAUCCUUCAUUACUUUAA